AUAAAUGCUGAAAUGCUCAGGCUGAGGGUUCCAACACACCAGCCAUCAAUCCACCUAAGCACGUCACACCAAGGAGGCAACCAUGGUCAGCCGCUUUGAACACCCCGCUGGUGGCUACAAGAAAAUCUUUCAAACUGUGGAGGAGACUGGAGAGGCCCUCCCAGCGACAGUCGUUGGACGGAUCCCCUCCUUCCUGAAGGGCAGUCUGCUCCGGCUGGGCCCAGGCCUGUUUGAAGCAGGAGACCAACCCUUCCUCCAUCUUUUUGAUGGCCAGGCUCUGAUGCACAAAUUUGAUUUCAGUAAUGGACAGAUAACCUACAUGCGCAAAUUUGUGAAGACUGAUGCCUAUGUGCGAGCCAUGACAGAGAAGCGUGUCUGUAUCACUGAAUUUGGCACCAUUGCCUACCCUGAUCCUUGCAAGAACAUCUUUUCCAGGUUCUUCUCUUACUUCAAAGGAGUUGAAGUCACUGACAAUUGCCUGGUAAACGUUUAUCCAAUUGGGGAGGAUUUCUAUGCUGUUACAGAGACUAACUUUAUUACUAAAGUCGACACAGAAACAUUGGACACACUCAAAAAGGUGGACCUUAUGAACAUUGUGAAUGUCAAUGGAGUGACAGCUCAUCCUCAUAUUGAGAAGGAUGGCACAGUGUAUAACAUUGGCAACUGCAUGGGGAAAGGGGCCACUCUGGCUUACAACAUUGUCAAGAUCCCACCAACCCAGAAAGAUAAGUCUGACCCAGUUAAUAAAUGCCAGGUGGUGGUGCAGAUCCCCAGUGCAGAGAGGUUUAAGCCAUCCUAUGUGCAUAGCUUUGGUAUGACAGAGAACCACUUUGUCUUUGUGGAGACGCCCAUCAAAAUCAACCUGCUGAAGUUCUUGGGUGCCUGGAGUGUCCGUGGUACCCAGUACAUGGAUUGCUUCGAGGCUGACGACAUGAAAGGAACCUGGAUUCACAUUGCCAGGAAGAAUCCUGGGGAAUACAUUGACGUUAAGUUCAGGGCCUCUUCCAUGGGUCUUUUCCAUCAUAUCAACUCCUAUGAGGACCAAGGCCACAUUGUUUUUGAUCUAUGCUGUUGGAAAGGGCCUGAGUUUGUGUACAACUUCUUGUGGCUGGCAAAUCUCCGUUCUAACUGGGAUGAGGUAAAGAAAAAUGCAGUGCGAGCCCCACACCCUGAGGUGCGCAGGUUCGUCAUUCCACUGGAUAUACACAGGGAGGACCAGGGGACGAACUUGGUUACUUUGAACUACACCACUGCCACUGCAGUGAUGAAAGCCGAUGACACCAUCUGGCUGGAGCCUGAGGUGUUGUUCUCCGCUCCUUACCAAGCUUUUGAAUUCCCUCAAAUCAACUACCAUAUGUGCAAUGGGAAGAACUACACAUAUGCCUAUGCACUGGGCCUGAACCAUUUUGUUCCUGACAGGAUUUGCAAGCUGAAUGUGAGGACCAAGGAGACGUGGGUUUGGCAGGAGCCCGACUCCUACCCAUCUGAGCCCCUGUUUGUGCAGACCCCUGACAGCACGGAUGAGGACGAUGGUGUGCUCCUGAGUAUUGUGGUGGCCCCAGCCAAUGUGAGACCCACAUACAUGCUUAUCCUCAAUGCAAAGGACCUCUCGGAGAUUGCCAGGGCUGAGGUUGACAUCAUCACUCCUGUCACCUUCCAUGGAAUGUACAAGCCAUAGGGAGGACAGAGGGUUCUCACACCUCAAGGUAUAGAACUGGGCAGGCAAUUUGUGAAGCACGUCUUAAAAAUGUGUAUACGCAGUCUUUUAGUAAUCAACGGGUAAUUGCAACCAAAUAUCACACACUGGAUUAGUGCAUAAAUAUCUUGAAAUGGCACAAACUGUUGGAUUUGAGUAUUGCUGUAACUCAGUACAUGAGAUUACACAUGUGACUUGCAUCUGUGGUCAGCAAGAUGUAUGAUUUGUAUUUUGAUGUAAUAUGCUGUUUGUUCUUAAGCUUAAUUAAAUUAAAGACAAAUACCACUCAA